AUGGCUUCCGUACCCACGCUCCGAGAGCUUGCAAAGCAAGUCUCUGAAUCCAUUUCAGACGAACAUCUGGGCGGUAGUACGUUUGCUAUUGGCGGCGAGAUCGCAAUCGAGCAGCUCCAAGGCCAAUCUGGCCCUACAACUCAGGUCGUAUCUUCUUCGGUCGUUCUUCGGUGGGACAAUCCAGCGGAGCAUCCUGGCCCCCAGCGAGUCUCUUUCCCAGUCGCUUCCAAUGACGACGCUGUAGCGUUCGAUCACCUCCUCAAAGUCUCUGAAAAGGCUAAAUUUGGUCUCGACGGACGACACGAAUUCGAUGAAACGUACCGCAAGGCUCAGAAGCUCGGUGCUGGCAUCAUCGACGCUGUCUGCCAGGUUCUUCUCCCCAGCUACGACAUGGACGAAGACAAGCGGGCAAUCCGUGCGGAGCUGUACAACAUGAAUAUCUACUCUGGUCCUUCGGGCAAGUUCAAAGCGCACGUCGAUACUCCUCGUUCGCCCUAUCGGAUUGGCUCCUUGGUUGUCUGUCUUCCGAUGAAGCAUGAAGGUGGCAAGCUGGCCGUGAGACAUUUUGGACAGACUCAUUCCUUCGACUGGGCCAAGAACUCUAGCAACUCCGUCAUUCAGUGGGCCGCCUUCUACAGCGACUGUGAACACGAAGUGUUCGAGGUCAAGUCCGGUCACAGGGUUACGCUGACAUACAACUUGUAUGCCACAGCAGGAAACGGAGACCUCGGAGGUCAAAAAUCUGCUUUCAGCCCUACUUCGCUGCCACUCUAUAACCAGAUUGUAGACUUGCUCAGCUCCAAGAAAUUCCAGUCCAAGGAUAGACUUCUAGGAGUCUACAGCACGCACGCUUAUCCUCAUACGGAGAAGGAGCAUGGCCUUCCUUUCUGUCUCAAGGGUCUUGACAUGGUGAUCUACAACACCUUCAAGAGCCUCGGCUUGGAAGUCCAUUUGUGUGUUAUUCUCGAAAACCCGAAAGGCUUUCGCAGGCGCAAGCUUUACAAUGGGGAAUUUUCUGAUGAAGAUACAGAUUCCCAGCCAUUUCAGAGGCAACCGACAUUGGCGAAGAACAACAAUGGGGCCGCAUCGGACUCGGAAGACGACAACAGUAGGAAGUACUACACCAGAACCGUAGGAUUCAUCAAUCAAGCAUACUCCACGGACGAGCUGGUUGAGUACCAAGAUGACAUGAAACGCAUCAUCAACCAGGCCAUGAGAACCGACAAGGAUAAGUUCGACGCCAGCAAGAUCAUCUGGCUGAAUAAGAACAACGGCGAGUCGAAUAUGCAGGUGUCAUAUUAUAUGGCAUACGGCAACGAGCCAUCCUCUGAGGAAAUCUACUCAUACUUUGCUAUGGUCAUUGAAAUCCCUACUACUGGAGUGAAUGCAAGCGAUGACGCGGAAGGGUAGAAUCAAGCGCCAUAUUGACGGAAAGGUCUUCGGGGUGAGGAACGUCGAUAGAAACACCAACAGGCAUAGAUAGCAUCCCCAUGGGAUGGAAUCAAGUAUCAGUAUAUCUUCAGAUGAAAUAGUAAAUGGAAUCAUCUCGCAUUAAUAUGAACAGCUCAAG